AUGGCACCUAGCGCUUUACAUCGUCGACUUAUGAACGACAUCGCCGAAAUACAGCAGAACCCGUACCCCAGCAUCCACCUGCAUGUUAAUGAGCAGGACUUUCACCAAGCCUGCCUCAUUCUCUCGACCGAAGCAUAUGGUCCGUUGCACCUCUUUAUUGAGUUUGGUAACGACUAUCCACUCCGUGCUCCAACGGUCACCAUCCAGAGCGAUAUCGUCCACCCCAACAUCUUCGGAGAUUACAUCUGCGCCAGCAUUCUGAACACAGCUGAGGGCUGGACACCAGCAUACACCCUGAAGGGCAUUCUCAUCCAAUUGUUGAGUUUCUUCACAAGCGAAUCGCUUGAGCAGGACCAUGGUGGAGGAGCAGUGAAUUUGCUGGACUUUCGACGCGAACGGCUGAGUGCACCACGAUACUCUCGAUUUAGGGGAUUCCAAGCACAUGAUUAUUUCUGCGAUAGCUGUGGAUACGAACCUGGCUGGAAAGCUACUCCUUCUCCCGAUGUUCCGAGAAAAGCGUUGAGGGCGCCGCCAGCGACAGUCUCGAAGUUGCUGGCGCUGCCCGACGAGGUCGUACUCCUUAUGUUGGAGGAGAUGCAGACGAAUGAUGUCAUGGCGCUUGCAGACGCGAUCCCCUUUGUGAAACGCACGGUCAACUCGUACGACUUUAUUCGUACUCGGGAGUUGCAGUGUUUCUUUUUCAAGAAAUCGUACAUGGAUGCAAAGCUCGGGAUUGGAAUCUCGAUUACAGGCGGCAACAAGCCUAGCUUGAGAUCCGAGUUCGACUUGUUGAGUCAAGAAGCGUUCUUCCAGCACGAUGUACGACAGAGCGUUCAGGGUGUGAAGUUCGAAAAGUGGCUACCGCUGCCCCUCAGCAGACGUCACUGGAACGGGGUGAGGGUGAAUACAGCUAUGUGCCUGCGCAGCAUACACAGCUCUGCAAAAAUGCGCAGCAACGAGCCUGAUGGGAUUGAAGUUUUGUACUACCUCAUGAAUAAUGUCGUGGUUCAAUUUUCAUCAGAUGCCGAGAAGGUCUCCCGGCACGUCGACAAGCGCAGCACUCUGAGCCACGCUUCAGAGAAGGCUGUGGAAGCUUACUUUGCUUGUUUCCAUUUGUUGCUGUGUCUUGCUACGGAGAAUGCUGCCAUCAUCAAGGCUGCGAACAAGAUGGUUGCUCGUUUCCUAAAAGGCCCCCACACCAAAAAGGAGUUUCCUGAUCUCGGUCACCUCUUAGUCGCUGCGUUGAUCUCGGAUGAUGGGCUCACCCAGCCUCUUAUCUUCCAGAUUAUCAAGGAGGCCAUUCUUCGCAACGUGGUCUGGAUGCUCGACUCUCAAGGUGCCGACAUGGCCGAGCUUGCAUACCUAGAGCCCUCUGCCAUAUCCGAGUACCGACUGGCCAAGACGUUCGAAGCGUCAACAACAUCCUACCGCUUGCUCAUGUUCCUCAAAUUAUUCAGCUCCUCUGCCCGUCCCGCACUGUUCGACAGCCACGGUGCGCCACCCAUGGGAGUCCCUGCGGCAAUGGCUCAGCGCAUCCGCGAGAUCAGCGAGGAAGGCACGGGUUCUGGAAGAGCUGCCUGA